AUGCGCGAACCAGAGAACGCACAAUUGUCGCGAAGGCAAGGGCCUCCCGUUGAGGAUGACGAGUCCUCGGUAGGAAUGAAAAUUCUCAGUUCGCAGGAGAGAGAUCUCCUGGUAGUUGCAUCAAAUCUAAGAGAAGAACACGACGCGACUCGACUCAACCGUCGACUAUACUCACGUUACCAUACACAAUACAUCUCGAUUUUGCAUGAGCGAUACCACUCUUUGCCGGAUAGCUUCAAAGAGCAUUUCCGCGCCACCACCGAAACGCUGCCAGAGAAUGGAAUCCCUAGCAAGUAUUUCGGAGCGAUGGCCAUUAUCGCCGAGCAGUUAUCCGACGAAAGGGUGGGACAGCCUUGUACGCUCCGAAGCAUCACCGACCUUCUCAGAGUAAAAGGCUUCUUGAAUGUUCGAGAAGUCGAUGGCCAGGGACGUGGUAGUGGAGAUGAGGUCGCAGGGCAACUUGUGUACAUCUUGAUGGGCUGGGUGACUUUGAUGUUCGCGCCUACCCUCCCAACUGUGGUUCAGGAAGGCCCAUCUCGCGUUCAGCUCGCCAUAGAGGACGACCAGGACGAAAAUGGAGUAUAUCUGGAUUCGGAUACCCUAAUCCGCCACUCUGUGCCCUUCGACGAGGUGUCACGGCUCACGUUACCAACAAUGCUGAAGACGUUUGGCCGAUUGAUACCUUGUUCCGAAGCGCCCACCGAUGAGCGACAAGUUUUUCAGGUCGCGGGAAAUGCUUUUGCUGGUAGGAUUCUGGUCAGUUACAUCAAUUAUAGGUGCCUGCGGAAGUUGUCCGACAUCAACAUUGUCUUCACUUCUGCUUGGAGUCGGCAUCUUGAAUUCGACGAAUUUAGUCGUACCAUCAAGAUAUUCAAGCACCCUUCCGCCUGUAUGGUGUUCUGUUCUGGGUCGGUGAAUCGAACUGCUCAGAAGAGAGGUCUUGCUGCAACCUUAUUCUCCCACUACUUUCGGAGCCAUGACGACGACGAGGGAGAUUACAGCUCCCUACAUGAUGAAUCGAUCGACGGAGUUAGCUUCUUUCGCGAACUUCUCCUGACUUAUCGAGUAAUCUUCGGCCAGGACGGCGCAUCUGCAAAGCUCUUCCGAACAGAGCAUGAAGAUUUGCUCUCGGCAUUUUUAACUCCACACCGGAUCUGGCACUAUCUCCCCUGGUUGAGGCCUCUGGUCCUGGGGCGCAAGCCAAUACGGCGACAAUUAUCUCACUCCGAAGUCGUCGAUCCACUCCUCCUCGAGGUCUGUGGUACUCAGUAUACAAAGGCCGCAAUCUACCGUGAUCUCCGUGCCCCAUCACCGCGAGACCAAUAUCUUGCAGCGAAAGAAUUUCCGUUUUUCGGUGAUCGUUUAUUGAAGAUCCAGAUCUUCAUGCAAGGUGAACAUCCGAGUGACUGGAAGGCACUCAUAAAUGACCGGCGAGAUAUACUUCGUUACUGGACGUUCUGGGCCGUCAUGGUAAUCGGUGCCAUUUCUAUCCUCCAGAGUGCUAUCGCGAAUAUCCUAGGUAUUCUACAGGUUAUCUACUAA